GCUUGUAAAUGACUAUCCAUUAGAAAUCGGAUUAUAUUUAGUAGCAUCAGGUGCAUCUUGCGAUGCAAUUGAUGCAAUGCAUAAGGCGGGUAUUACAGUUUGUUACAAAACUGUUGAAAACUAUAGGAAAAAGGUUGUUGCUGCGCAUCUAGAAAAUAUCCGAAAAUAUUUUGCCGAGAAAGAACCUAUAUACACUUUACUUAGGCCGUAA